AUGAAAAGUAAUAAAGAAAUAAAUUAGAAAAUAACAAUAAUUGCACAUGAGAAAAAAAGAAAAUAAAUGUGCUUCCUCUCUUCUUCCUCUAGGUGGCAGCAUUUCCCCUUUACACACUCAUAGCCAUCGUUUCAGAUAAAUUAGGUCAAAUUUGUACCCAGACUGUUUCCUAGCAACACCUUUCAAACUUCUGUUUUGUAAACUUUUGUAGUAUUUUAUUCUGAAAGGGAAAAAAUAAAUGAAAGGAAAGAAAUUUUAUUAAAAUAAAAAAUAAAAAAAUCAGGUGUUAUUGGAAUGGUGGCAGAAACCUGAUCUGUUUUCUCAACUUUAUUUUUAAUAAUUUGAAUAUUUUGCCAGCAGAGUCCUCCUCAGGUACACGUCUGUAGUCCUCAGGUACAUUUCCGUAAGCAAAGCCUCCCCCCCGCGCGCGCGGGGCUGCUCCCUCCACACCCAUAUUCAUCAUCGACACAAUCCAGGAAAUGCGCCACUUCCUCUUCCAUUAGACCUGCUCUCACACAGCAUGACCCGCACGAACAGCCGUCAGAGAGCCGCAGACUGCUAUGCUUUGAAGAGUGGAGCGGGGUCGGGAUGGGGGCUUCUCUGCGCGCGCUUUGGGGGGCCACUUUCAUCCUUUUGGCGCGACUGGCGCAGCUUUGCGAGGCCAGAGUGAACACUGAGGUCCAAGUGGGCCCUUUGUAUCGUGUGGUUGACACUCGACUCUCAAUUUCCUGCAAAGCGAGUGGCUACCCUGCUGACAAAAGAACAGACUUUGAGUUUCGCGUGGAGAGGCCGUCGAGGCCGGGUUUGCCCUACAACGUCAUCAGCUCAGCCGAUCCCGACUAUGCUUUUGCCAGUCACAAUGUUCGUGUGGCAAAAAAAGAAAUUGAUCUGAUACACCAGAGUCAGAGUCAAGUCGUCUUUGUGAUAGAGAAGCUGCUCAAAGAGGAUGAAGGAGAAUACGAGUGCAUCUCUGUAACUACAGAAACUGUACUUGAUGGGAUUUUCAGCGCCAAGACAGUAGUUAAAGUGAUUGAUGAUUCUCUAAGCGUGUCACUACGCGACUCUGCGACCUCGAUGAGUUUUAAAGAAGGGGAAGCCCUCUCCUUGACAUGCCAAGCCUCUAGCGACACCCUCCAGCAUACCCAUCUGUCUGUCAUCUGGUUUCUCCACAAAGAAGGGGCUCAAAACCCUCAGCCCAUCAUUUCUCUGAGCAGAGAUUUCACGCUGAUUCCAGGCGAGGACUUUAAGCAGCGCUACAAAGAAGGAGCCGUUAACUUGGAUAAAAUAGGAGAGUCCACUUACAGGUUGGAGAUGACGGAGCUGCAGCUGUCAGACCAAGGUCAGAUCUACUGCCAGGCUCAGGAGUGGAUCCAAGAUCCUGAUCGUUCCUGGUACUCCAUCAAUCAGAAAGACACAGAGAAAAUUGUUCUUACAGUCAAUGCUAGAGAAGUUGGACCAGACAUGUUGUCUCUUGUGGUGAAAACCUCCUCAGAGAAGACCUCACUGCUGGAAGGGCAGGAACUGCUGGUAUCCUGCAGCAUAGACAUGCAUAACCUGAAGGAAAGGUUCUUCUCAGCCGCGUGGUUUCGGGGAGACAUUGAACUGGUACGCAUCGGCCCGACGGGAAUUCUGACUGUUUCUUUGGACGAUCAGAGAGUAGAAGAAGGUGGCCUGAGGGCCAUUCGGAUUGGAGAUGGAGCUUAUAGUUUCGGCUUGAAGCCCGUCAGCAAAGACGAUCAGGGAAGUUACAAAUGCAUGGCGUGGUCUGAGGACCGUGGCUCCGAUGGGGCGUUUACAAAAGGAACAGCCCAGAGCUCCAACAGCCUGCAGAUCACCAUCUCAGUUCCAGAAAGUGGACUCUCGGUGAAAAUGCAGAACCCCACACAGAAUGUUAACCAGCUGGACAAGCUCACGCUGGUCUGUAAAGUGGGAGGGGCUAAAGAAUAUCUCUCAGUCAACUGGGAAUAUAAAUCAGCCACAAGUUCAACUUUCACCACCAUCAUCAUUCUGGAGUCAGACGGUGUGAUGAAAAAAGAUGCAACGUACAAAGAUCGCCAAGUGCGAGCAACACGUCCAGCAAGUGAGAGCUUCGUGUUUGAGCUGGACAAGGUCACGCUGGCGGAUUCGGGCCUAUACAAGUGUCAUGUGGCUGAAAAAAUACCAAACCAAGAUCUUCACACUAAUGCCUCCGAAUGUGCCGUCACCGUCAAUCCCCUCGAAUCAUUGAUGAAAGUGUCCCUAACAAGUCGUAGCUUCAACCCUACCAUAGGAGAAGAGGCCGUGCUAAUGUGCAAGGUGAAGGGUCCGCGCAUACCGAUAACUGUGACCUGGAUAAAGCGGGGAGAUGGCCUUGAUAUGGAUGAGAUUGUGAGGUUGAACUACAACGGUGACAUGAGUUGGUCUGGAAGCCAGACAAGCUAUCAGGUGAGCAUACGAAGUCAAAAAGACUCCGUCAUCUAUGACCUGAAGCUCACCAGUGCCAGCCAAAUUGAAAAAGGGAUCUACCAGUGCAGCGUGUCCACCUUUGUGGAGGGCACACACAAAAAGUUAGCUACAUCGAAUGACCUUCAGGUGGCGGUGAAGAAUCCAGUGACCAAAUUCAAAUUAGAGCCAAAUCCCCCCAUUGAGCAAGUGAUCAACACUGACAUACAUAUUAAGUGUUUGCUCGAGGGAUCUACUCCACUUUAUGCCUAUUCUGUCAUUUGGUUUCUGCAACGGGAAACGGGUUUCAUAGACCUCAGCAGGGCAGACAGGUUUUCUUUCAUGACAUAUGGAAAUGUGGCAGAGCUUAACCACAGACAUCGAAUCAGCAUGACGCGCACUGAAACUACUUUUGAACUGGUCAUUCGGCAAGCCAAGAUUUCAGACUCUGGUUCAUACGUUUGCAAUGUGACUGAGUGGCUAAAGGAUCCCCGAGGAACUUGGAUUUCGCUCUCGACGAUGUCUACGAGCACAAAAGUCAACAUUUCUGAGCCAAAAACAAACCUAUUGGUUGAAAAAAGCCAGUCGACGGAGAUAGUCAUAAACAAGGACACGAAAUUUAACAUUCCCUGCAACUUCAGAGAAGAAUCCAGCCAUGAAUCCCAGUUCCAGGUCACUUGGUUUUGGCAUAAAGACGCAGAAAUCGAGAAACCCAAAGCCAUAUUCACAGCUUAUCGAAACUCAACCCUACAAAGCAGCUUUGAGAAGAUUGAACUUAUUUUUGAUCACCCUGAAGAGAGUAAGUUUAGUCUAACGGUCCUAAAACCCAGUCCUGAACACAGUGGUCUGUAUUUCUGUGAGGUGGAGCAGUGGCUCCAAUCUCUGCCCGAAAAGUGGCAAACAGUUUCCAAAAAGCGUUCAGAAGACUUUAAUGUCACCGUUUUGGGCGACGGAGAGGUUAGAAGCUCAUGGGAACAUACGGAAGUGACUCUCAUUGUUGCUGUCGUUAUCUUGUUGAUUAUUAUAGUGAUUUUGGUGGUAAAGAUUUGCAUGGACAGGAAUCCUGGUCCCAAAAAGCAAGGCGCCACUCUCUGGGCUGAUCAGAGUCAGCCUAUAAGAUUAGAGGAUCACUAAACUGCAGAAAAAAACGAAGUAAAAAAGAAGCAGUUGCACUCUGUUAUGCUCUGAAAGUGUUUCAUCAUGUCUAAAAAUGCAGCCUGUGUGUCUUUUUUUAAUCUUUAUUUGUUCAAAUGUGAAUAUUUUUAUUGUAAAUUGACAGAUUUUAGUUGCAGUUUUUAUAAAAAAAAACAUGUUUUCAAGCUUUGGAAUGGCAAUGCUAAUGCUAAAGCUAAAGCUAACGACGUGCAGGGAGAAGCUUUUCAGCAGAAUAAUGUACUUGCUCCAUGCAAGAUGGGUGCUGAUGCGUCUGCAGUGCAAACAAAACUGCGGUGAGACGUCGGCAAUUUUCUAUGUAAUGUUACAGUGAAUUGAAAAGGAAGUGCUCUGUGGUUUUUGUCUUUGUGGUUUGCAAAUGUGCUGUUUUCAGCGUGUGUGAGACAUGCCGUUUUGUAAAGAAAAGGCCAAAGUUGAGCGGCAGUUGUUAGAAUAUUAGUGAUUUCUACUUUUGUUUUUAAAUUAGAUUUUUGUGUUUGGUUUUGCAUACGUCUGAUGUGUUUUGGUUAAAAAAUGAUCUGUGAAAUGCUCUGUUUUAGUUAUUUCAUUCUGUUUUAUUUAUGGCUGAAUAAUGGUACGCACAAUGGAUAAUGUUACAAAAACCAGGCAGCUGAUGCUCGGAUCUGUCAGUUGGUGGUUCGAGUCCCAGCUUUGAACGCUCAUUUUGGAAUGUGCGAUCUCAACCAUUCUACUGAAGAAAAGAUGAAAUAAAGAAAGUCACUUCCUGUC